CCACUUGCCAAACGAGAAUCAGAGACAUGAGAAAGCUUGGCAGAAUCACCAAACUGUUUGUUUUCUGGGUUUUGGUCUCACUCCACGCUCAAGCUCUCUCCACAGAAAUAGGAGAUGGAGGCCAAAAGCAUGCUGAAGCCGAAGAGGAGAAGAAGCCAUCCAUUGCAAAGGUGGUCACGGGCGCAGUUUCUCUCCUCAGAAAAUCCCAAAAGAUUUCAUGGAUCAAGAUCAAGACCAUCAUGAACAGCAUGCAGCUCCAGUUCUUCCCGCCAGAUCUAGACUUUAGAAGCAGGGACGGAGCGGCUGUCGAUGACCAGAACAAUGCAGGCUCGAAAGUGAAACAGGUGGUCGAGAAGAGCUUUGGGACUAGCAAAGUGGCGGUGGAGGAGACUGCGAAAUCCGCGGCUGAGGUCGUGGGAAAAGCGGUGCGCAAGACGGCGGAGAAGGUUAAAGAAAGCAUGUCCGAUGAUGAUGAAGGCGAAGAGUCGAGAUCGGAGCUUUAACAAAAAGAUCGGUCGAAUGAUGUGGUUGUAUUAGUUUCCUUUUCCUUCCCCUUUUCUCCCUCGAAUGUUGUACUAGUUGAUCAGCAAAUUCUUGGAUUAUCUCCAUGAAUCAAA